UUCCCCGAGUUUAAGACAGUUUCAGGAAGACGAAGGAAGAUGAAGGAAGCCGGUUAUGAAAUAAUCGGAUAUGCACGAAGUUCAAACGGUAAAAAGGACGACCUGAAGCGAGUCUCAUUACUUAACCCCAGGAUUGAAAUAUUAAAGACAAGGUCACUGGAAGAUUUAGCUUCCAUCAGUCCAAAUUCUUCUGCAGGAGAUCCGUUCCAGAAAAAAGAUGAAAAAAAAAAAGCGAAGAGCUGAUGACGAACGUAAGUGCCGACGGAGACACUCAAG